AACAAAGAAGGAGAAGAAAUUUGGGAAAACAGUGCAAAUCCAAUCGCCUUCUCCGGCUCGUGCCAACCCAUUCCGGCGCAACUUGCAAUCAGGCAAGUGUCCAAUUCACUCACGCUGCGAAGUCUCACGAGAAUUAGUGUUAAUGCGUUGCGUGUGUGCAUAGAUAGAUGUUGGUUGCAAAGGGCACUUGUGCGGAGUCACGUCCACAUUCCCACUACCUCCCUCCUGCUCCCUUUCAUAAUUGCGUGCCGCUGUCUGGCUACGUCGGAUGCAUGUAAGGAUGUGGGGAGCAUGCGUACUGCGGUUGCGCUGUUGCCAUUUGAAUUUCGUCAGAUCUGGCAUUCUUGAGGCUUAGCUUCCAAGCAACGAUUUCCGUCUCCGCCCAGCUCUGCAAUAUGAUGAUGGUACGAGUCAGUUUUCGUCCUUUUUGGACGCAUUCUUGUCUCCGGUACUUAGUGUGUGCAUUGUGGUGGUUGAUGGUGGGAUGUUGGAAUUAGAAUGCGUCUGUGCUGAGCAGUUGGGUUUCGAGUUCGGGUGGAGUUCGUUUUGAUUUUAGGGUGGAAUUAGGAGUCGACAGUCAGCAGGGUUGGCAGCUCAGUGGAUGUACGGGGAAUCUUUUUGGGUCUUUGUAGCAUUGUGCACGUCCAGAGGUCUGCAGCUGUGCACGAGUAACUGGAAUCAGCAUAUCCUUGACAAAGAAUUUUGGAAUGCUGAUGAGGGCGCUGAGAAUUUGUAUGUGUUUAUUCUGGUGACCUGAUCAACUGCGUGGAUUGCAGAGGAAUCCAUGCAUUCUUGGUCGCAGGAUCUGAAUCGUUUGAUGUGCAAUUGGGCUAUUUAUCUUCUGAUUCUUGCGGAUUUUUUUAGCUGAUUGGGGUUAUAUCUCGAUCAGUUUUGGAUAACUUUGCAAUGAUAGUAUGCUUGAGUUUUUGGAGAUCUUAACAGAACUUGUCGAAAAUCCUUCUUUACUAUUAGUUUGCCGCAUGACCUUCGCCAGCAGUUAUAUCCAUAUGCUCGUGAUUUUCCUUGUGGAAGAUUAAUUUUUUGUCAUGACUUCCUCAAAUCAACGUGGGCAAGAAUUGAAAGCAGGGGAUGCCACAAAAUGGAUUGUGUCUCGUGUGAACGCAAUUCCUCCUCCUCUUCGUAAUGCACAAAUCACUGCGCUCUCUCUCAAAGAAGACUCACGCGGUUCUGUGCUACAGACCCACACGGAUAUAAUGCUCCGCCCUCCUGCUCACAUGUUGCCCACUCCUGUGUCGUCCAACAUAGUAGCUUCUUAUGCACUGUCUUCUAAUCCUGAACUUCGGCUGCCCAAACCUCCAGACCGACCCGGCUCUCGCGGUCCUUCUUCAUAUUGGCUGGAAAAUUUGAAGUGCAUCAGAGAUAGGCCAAGGGAUUGCUGUGAUGGCUCUGGCUCUAUUCACUUCACGAUUGCUGGGAAUGAGAAGUUGUAUGAGGCUUACAAUGAGCUUCAUAGCUUGGCUGAGGAGUUUCACAAGCCCUUCGACGCGCCAGCCAUUCUUGUGGUUGGACAUCAGACGGAUGGCAAGAGUGCCCUGGUCGAAGCUUUGAUGGGAUUCCAGUUCAAUCAUGUGGGCGGGGGCACUAAGACACGCAGACCCAUCACGAUGCAUAUGAAGUACAAUGCCGAUUGCGCACAGCCCAGAUGUUUCUUAGUUUCUGAGGAUCAGCCGCACCGCGAGAAGGAGCAGAGUCUUGAUGAGAUUCAGGCUUACAUUGAAUCCGAAAAUAAGCGACUGGAGGGAGAAACGUGUCAGUUUUCGGCGAAGGAAAUUAUAUUGAAGAUUGAGUACAAGUUCUGCCCCAAUCUUACAAUCAUUGACACUCCAGGCUUAAUUUCAGCUGCACCUGGCCUAAAGAAUGAAACCCUGCAGUCUCAAGGGGGUGCCGUGGAGGCAAUUGUCUUAUUGAAGAUGCAACGAAAGGAGUUCAUUAUUCUCUGUUUAGAAGAUUCUAGCGACUGGAGCAAUGCGACUACCCGAAGAAUAGUCAUGCAGGCUGAUCCAGAGUUGAGCAGAACAAUUCUUGUUUCAACGAAGCUGGACACUCGAAUCCCCCAGUUUUCGCGUCCUGAUGAUGUGAAACUCUUUCUCAAGCCUCCCGGUUGUCUCCUAGACGGCAACAUAAUGGGUGGCUCUCCAUUUUUCACUUCUGUGCCAUCUGGUCGUGUCGGUAGCAGCAAGGAUUCUGUCUUUCCUUCAAAUACUCACUUUCAAGAGGCAGUGGCAGCUAGAGAGGCACAGGAUGUGGUACUAUUGGAGGAGAAACUGAAUGGUCCAUUGUCUAGAGAAGAAUGCUCUAGAGUCGGGAUCAGUCGUCUACGAUGGUUUCUGGAAGAGCUGUUGCAACGCAGAUAUUUGGACAGUGUGCCAAACAUCAUUCCAACACUGAACAAAGAACUGCGCACAAUCACCAAUAAGCUCCAACAGACAACCCAGGAUCUUGGUGAACUGAAUGAGACGAGAUUAAGAGAAAGAGGACGGAUUUUCAGAGAUUCUCUUCUAGCUAAGUUGUCGCUCUUAUUGAGAGGUUCAGUUGUAGCCUCGCCUGAGAAAUAUGGAGAGUCCCUGCAGGAUGAGCGACUUCAAGGGGGAGUAAUUGUUAGCCCCGAUGGGCUGCAGAUGCCUCACAAACAUGUGCCAAAUGCAACCAUGCGCUUGUACGGAGGAGCACAAUAUCACAGGGCUAUGGCGGAAUUCCGACUUAUCGUUGGUAAAUUGAAGUGCCAUACUGUUAGUCGUGAAGAGAUUGUGAAUGCGUGUGGAGUAGAAGACAUUCACGAUGGAACCAACUAUGUUAGAGCGGCAUGUGUUAUCGCUACUUCAAAAGCUAGAGACGUCUUCGAGCCACUUCUGCAUCAGCUAGGAUUUCGCCUCUCGCACAUUUUGAGGAGGUCUUUACCUAUUGCAUUCCAUUUACUACAGAGAGAUGGAGAUUAUAUAAGCAGUGAUGCAUUUUUUGUGAGACGCAUAGCCUCAGCUUUCGAGACGUUUGUAGACUCCACCGAGCGAGAUUGUCUUGGGAAAUGUAUGGAGGACCUGAGAAGCAUGACAAGAUAUGUCACGUGGUCUCUACACAACAAGGGCCGCUCUGCGCUUCGCCAUUUCCUUGGUUCAGUAUCAACUCCCAACGAGCAGUCUGCAGCCUCAAUGACGAAUAUUGGGUUGGAGGGAUUCUCGCCUCCAAACUCAAGUAACAGUUGUAAGCAAGACAGUAAAGUUCGUCCAGAAAAUAAUGUCACAUUGCCAAAUCAAGAGUCCUCACAGACUACUCAUGUAAAGUUGGUGAAUCUGCUCGAGAGCACUUUGUGGAACCGCAAGUUGGCCCCGACAUUGGAGGACAUUGUAAAUGCACUUGUCGCUCAGAUAUUUGAAGGAAUCCGUGACCAUUGUGUUGCUUCUGCAGAGAUGAAAUUCAACUGCUAUUUUCUUAUGCCAAUGGUGGACAAAUUCCCAACUGUACUGCGAGAAACCUUGGAAACGGCCUUUCAGAAAGACACAGACGUCUUCAAUGUUGCUCAGGUUCGUAGAGCAUUGGAGAAGAAUAGGGCUGAUCUUGCACUUGAGUUGAAACAGGUGGAGAAGCUGCAUGAAAAGUUCAUCAAUAUCCACCAUCAGCUCAGCAGCGCCUAUCCUUCGCCAGAUCCUCAACAAGAGACUUUUGAUGAGCUGCCUGUCGAUACACCUGACAAUCAUCCGUCGUUGUAAAUUUCUCCAAUUCUGCACUUCUUUUUUUUAUUUCUCGACAAGCAUUUGGGGUUAAAAUUCACCCCCACCUGGAACACCAUGAUGUUCCCUCUACAAGCUGCACGAGGAUAUGAAUGUGGCUUCAUACAAGAAUUUUUUCCGUUAAUUGUUCGUUACGUUCUUUAUGGUUACGUAAUUCCUGGACGAGAUGGUUUAUUAGAUGUCUCGUGUAGAAAGCUUGAGAGACCGAAAGAAACCGCUUGGUUCUUAAAGCUCUGCAUGAGCUUUGCUGCUCAAGAUGGAGUCUGCUGAAGAAGCGUCACCAGCACACGAAGUCUAAUAGAAAUUACUGCAGGAUUACUCAGUGUACAGUGUGCAGGACUGUGGCAACUUCAAUGUAUCACAUUUGUACUCAAUGUGUACAAAAAUUUAUAAAAAUUUGUGUUGUAAAUGAUUGCGUUUGAAAA